AAGUGUUACUAUCACUAUGUUUCAAAACAUCAACAACCAUUGUUUAAUGGAGGGUAGUGAGUGAUUUCUAUAGAAAUGGAGCAAGCAGGGGUACCCUCCGAGCAGGCAGCAUGCUCUCGCGAGCAGACGGGAGCGAGCGAGCAAGCGGGCAGCGCUGUCGAGCCGAUGGAGUGCUCGGAGCCUACUGGCCAGACGGAGGUGCCAUGCGUGUCAGAUGAGAGGGAGGGCUGCUACGAGCAAGUGGUGCUGUCGUCUGGGUCGGAGGAGCGGUCCCCUGAACCGACAAUAAGCGAGAAACCGGCACAGGAUGAAGAGUUUUCGGAGCCCUGGCUUAACCAUUUUGUGGAGCAGCUGGGCCGCGUGCCGUCUCUGUGGCGCCCCGGGAUGCACACCUACUCAGGGGUCAUUAAGGAGAAGACGGCGCGCGGGUUCGGGUACAUCCGCCUGAUGUCGGGGCUGGAGCCCGAGGCCGAGGGAGACAAGAAGACGCGCAUCGUGCGCGCGCAGACCCUCUGCAAGAGGUUCUUCUUAGCGCUGAGGAAACAGUUACGAAAAGCAGCCGCCGACGCCCUCGAGUUGAACCCGUUAGCGAGUCCUGAUGUCGCGCUCCGAAGUUGUCCGAUCUGGGUGCGCCGGGCUGACUCCUUCCUCAACCAGAUGCCCCUUAUGGUCGCUCAACUCAACGCUCAGCGGGAGGCCAAAAGCAAUAAGAAGAAACCCCCUCCCUCGUCGGUGGCGCCGCCGCGGCUGGCCCCUCGGCCCUCGGCGACGCCGCCGCGGCUGCAGGCGCCGGUGCCGCCGGGCGCGGCGGGCGCGGCGUGGGUGCGGCGCGUGGUGCGCGGCCUGCGGCGCGCCGCGCGCCGGGAGAACAUCCUCGCCACCAGCACCGCCAUCAAACACAUCGCCGUACGCCUGGGGACCACCGAGGACCGGAUAUGCCAGACGUGGUGGGGGGUGCGGAAGCUGGCCAUGUUCAAGCUGCGGCAGUCGAUAGCGCGCGGCGACGUGCCCACUGACAACGGACGCCUGGACGCCGUGGACUGGGCCAUCGUCGACAUGGUGCUCAUGUACCGGGCCAGCGAGAUGAUGGUCGAUGAGGUAGGUGUCAUCUCUGAACAUGUUUAA